AACUUGAGGUUUUUUGUCGUCUCUAGCUUAUCCUACUCCCUCCUUUCCCUUUCUCUUUCACUUUCUCUCUGUCAAAAAAAAAAAAAACUCUUAAUCAAUUGCAGUCCCUGAUCUAGCUUUGAUCCAUUUCUCUUUAUAGUUAUUGCUUCUGCAACUUCUGCCUUUUACCAAAAUACGGAAACAAAAAGUGGAUGAAACCCUCUCUUCACCAGAACAGGACUCAGAAGUCUCAAAGGAGCUCAUGAUUAGGCCAAAAACCCAGGCAUCCAAAAGAAGAAAGGUGGCUCAUCAGAAGAAUGAAGGGCCUCCUUCUGAUUUCUGGUCAUGGAGGAAAUAUGGGCAAAAACCUAUCAAAGGAUCUCCUUAUCCAAGAGGGUACUACAGGUGCAGUACAUCAAAGGGUUGUUCUGCCAAGAAACAAGUGGAGAGAAGCAAAACUGAUGCUUCUGUGCUCAUAAUCACCUACAGUAACAGCCAUAACCAUCGAGGUCCUCAUGUGACCUCCACCACAAAAAACCAGAGCCCACCACCAAAAGAAGCCCAAAUGCAACCCAAUAGUGAGGAUGAUGAUCAUGAUCUUACAGCUGAAGUGCCCAAAGAGGAUGAACUAGAGCCUGAGCCUGAUCAAGACGAAGAACAAGAACAAGAAAGGAAGAAGGAAUCUCUAAAAGAAUCUAAAUAUUGUUGCUAUCUCGUCAGGUGGGCCAAACUCAAGGCUGCUGGCUGCACAUAGCUAGCUAGAGCCUAUAGCAUAAAGCUGAACUGGCAGAAGCUUCAAAUUGGUUUUGGCUUCACUGGUUGUAGUUUGUACUACAGUGGUGCUUCUGAGAUUUGGAAAUAAAGACUGUGAUGUGUGACUAGCAACGACCAGUACCUGUAUACAUAUGAGAUCUCAGACCAAAUGAACAAGACUAACGACA